CAAAGCGUCCAUAGCAGACGUCACCCUGGCAGAGACUCCCGGUAGGCUCCAAGCACAAGAUUGAAGUGGUAUUCUGUUGGUCCCGGUUAAUGUUUUGCUGAUAUAAAAGUGUAAACACCAUGACUUUCGAUGUACGGAGGUUUGAUAUCUACAGGAAGGUACCUAAAGAUCUCACCCAGCCCACAUAUACUGGAGCCUUCAUCUCGAUCUGCUGCUGUGUUUUCAUGCUCUUCCUCUUUCUCUCUGAGCUGACAGGAUUCAUAGCCACAGAAAUAGUGAAUGAACUGUAUGUGGAUGACCCAGAUAAAGACAGUGGAGGGAAGAUUGAUGUGAGUUUAAACGUCAGUUUGCCAAACUUACAUUGUGAUUGUGAUGGUGGGGUUGACAUCCAGGAUGAGAUGGGGCGACAUGAAGUGGGCCACAUAGAUAACUCCAUGAAGGUGCCCCUAAACGAUGGCUAUGGCUGCCGAUUCGAGGGCGAAUUCACCAUUAAUAAGGUCCCUGGAAACUUCCAUGUUUCCACACACAGUGCUACGGCGCAGCCACAGAACCCUGACAUGACUCACAUCAUUCAUAAGCUCACCUUUGGGGAAAAGCUUCAGGUGCAGCACAUCCAAGGAGCCUUCAAUGCCCUUGUUGGAGCCAACAGACUUGAGUCCAAUUCUCUGGCCUCCCAUGAUUAUAUCCUCAAGAUUGUUCCUACAGUAUAUGAGGAUUUGUCAGGAAAGCAGAGAUUCUCUUACCAGUACACUGUGGCCAACAAGGAGUAUGUAGCGUACAGUCACACAGGACGAAUCAUCCCAGCUAUUUGGUUUCGUUAUGAUCUAAGUCCUAUCACAGUAAAAUAUACAGAAAGGAGGCAGCCCGUCUAUCGUUUUAUUACAACAAUCUGUGCCAUUAUUGGUGGGACGUUCACAGUGGCAGGAAUCAUUGACUCCUGUAUAUUUACGGCCUCUGAGGCCUGGAAGAAAAUCCAGAUAGGCAAGAUGUCCUGAGCAUCUGACUCAUUUACCAGGCAUCUUAUUUAUACCAUGAUGACUUUCCACUGUGCUCCAGUAUGAUCCCAGGUUUCCCCUUUAAGAGAGAUUUUGUCUGCAUUUCAUGAGAAAUGCACAUCUUGCACAUCUGUUAAGAAGUUCAGAAGCAAAACAUCAUUGGAAUUAAGAAAAAGCAUUUGUAAUUUGGCUGAAAUGUUUGCAUUUUAAUUCAUCUUAAAAAUCCUAAAAAGUCUGCUAUAGUGAGUAUGAACAAAAGGUCAACAGAAGCACUACUUGCAGGUAAUUCCUUCUUUCUAAAUAGGUCUUUUAACAUUGGUAACUAAUAACAAGUAUGUUAAAGACACAGAUUGUAUGUCCCACAGGUCAAUUGUACAUAAGUUAGGUACAUAAAAUGGGAUGGAUAGGAGUGUGAUUAACUACACAAAGAUAAAAGAGAAGGUGUUAUGUUAGUUGCUACUACAGAUGAUUGUUAAUCAUAUGAAUUACCGAAUUAUUCAUUUACUUGGACAGCUGGAAUUGUGUGUCUUAGUGUUUUAAAGUUUAACACUUUAAAGUCCGCAAGGGCAAAAUUAUUCAAGAUGAUAUUGAUUUGUUAGGGAGAAUGAAACAAUUGCUUUUUAGUCAUGAAUUUACCCUUGGAAAUGCUUGUACUUCUUAUUAUGUUUAAAUGAAUUUAUUCCUGUGUUUUCAUAAAGCAAAGGAUUUUUUUAAUAUUUGCUCUGUAAAGGUCAUCUUUCUCUGGUUUGAUUUGCUUAGCCUCGGCAGCUUUAAGUGUUUGGGUUGAAAGGCUGCACACUCAACCUGUAUCAAGAACAAAACGGCUUACACAUGUUAGUCAUACUAAGGAUUUUGGUAAGGCUUGUUAAACAAGAAAAGGAGGUUUCAGAAGGUGGAGUUUCCAAACCUGAAUGAUGUCGUACAAAUACAUAUGCCAUAUGUCUCUAAUACGGUCAAUUAAAAAUAACUCCUACCCAGUA